CUUCUUUCAGUCCACUUCUCACAACCAGGUUCCAGGUUUUUCUUUUUUGUUUUUUUUGUCAAGGGUCUGAUGGGGGAAGCUGUACCUUGUGACGGCGAAGAGAGGCAAGGUUUAGGCUCCGCUGGUUUACCUGAAAAUUGGCUUUCUUUGAAGCCAAUCAACAUUCCGAUGGGAGGUGGCGACGAAGUUGAUGAUGGGAAAAGCGGUAAAGUAAUAGUGGAGGCAAGACUGGAAUGCAACAUCAGCAGCAAAGGGUUGGGUUGUUCAGAAGGUUUCAAGGGUCGGAUGAGAGCUCGCCUUGAUGAUCAGGGCAACAGAGUCGGUCGUUCCAACAAGAAUAAGACUCGGAACCUCAAGAACGGAUCAGAGAGUGGUGUUGCUGAGAAUAUUGGUGGAACUGAUCAAGCCAAGUGCCCUGUUUGUUCCAAGGGUUUCCAUUCGAAGAAGGCCAUGUACGGGCACAUGCGGUGCCAUCCUGAGAGAGAAUGGAGGGGGAUCAAUCCUCCGCCCUUCGCCAAGACUGUUUCUUGCUCCUCUGUGUCUCAGGGAAUUGAUGGAUUGAGCCAUGCGUCCAUGACAUCGACCGUGGUUUCAUCUGAUAUUAGUCCUUCUCAGCCUCCUUUACAGUUGACGAAAACUGGAAUGAGGGGCCAGAAUCGCAUCAUCAACUCGUAUUCUUCUUCGGGUUCGUCCUGUAAUAUCAGCUCAUCGCAGAAGAAAGAAAGUGAGGAAAAGCAUCAAGUUUCUGAAUGUGUAGGCCUGCAGAAGAGGCAACAAAUGAAGAUGUUACAAGUUGGGAAGCUAAUUAGGGAUUAUCCAUCCAAGAAGCUGAAAAUCCAUGAAAGAGGAGCUUUGGGGUUCAGAGGCCAAGAAGAUGCUGGAAACAAAGGGGGUGCUUCUUGGAAGGAUUUUCUAAAAACAGGGUUCAAUUUGGGACCAAAAGAAGUUGAUACGGACAAGAAGAGUAGUGAUGAUAGAAUUAUACCUGGGGGACAACUUGAUGAUCAGAUUGCAAAGAAUACAAAGAAGACCCCAAAGUUCGUAAGCUAUAUGGAUGUUUCUGAUAAUAAGCGAUUUCUGAAGACAUUAUUACCGAGGACAUAUAAACACGGCGCUCGCAAUAAAGCCUUUCCGACUUACCAAGCCUUGACCAUGGGGAAUAAGCAUGCAUCAUCUUCACAUACCGCAGCUUCUGAGGAAGAAGGCCUAGCCGUUGGCACUUCCAAGCAUGCCAAACAAGUGGUUCAAAAAGCCCACAAGUGCCGGACCUGCAACAAGAGCUUCCCCACGGGUCAGGCUCUUGGGGGCCACCAGACAUCUCAUCGGCAGAAGCCAGCCCAAUUAGCCACACCCAGACAAGAAGCAUUAAUAUUGUCUGAUGAAGAAGCCAGCCAGAGUGCAGGCCCAAGAGUUUUGGAUUUCGAUCUCAAUGAGCUUCCCCCGAUGGAAGAAGAAGGUUUCAUGGCUGAUGAUGUAUCUUGCGAAGGCCAAGAGGGGCAGAACUUGGCCCCCGGUGGUUCACCAGAAGAAGGGCAUUCUUUGAAUCUUAUCAAGAUUCAAACGGGAGGUGGUGAAGAAGAUUAUGAUACGGGGAAAAGGAGGGCAGUGAUAAUGAAGACAGAAGUGGUAUGCAGCUCCAACAGCGAAGGGUUGCGUUGUUCAAAAGCUUUUAAGAUUCAGACAAGAGCUCUCCUUGAUGAGCAGGAUUCCGACAAGAAUAAGACUUCGAACCUCAAGAAUGAUGGAUCGGAGGGUGGUGUUUCUGAGAAGAAUACUGGAAGCGAAGCCUUGUGCCCUGUUUGUUCCAAGAGUUUCCGUUCGAAGAAGGCCGUGUACGGGCACAUGAGGUGCCAUCCUGAUAGAGAAUGGAGGGGGAUCAAUCCUCCGCCCUCGGCCAAGUCUGAUUCUUGCUCCACUGUGUCGAAGAAAAAUGAUGAUUUGAGCCCUUCAGCCAUGAAAUCAACUGUGGUUUCGUCAGAUACUAGUCCUUCUCAGCCUCUUCUGCCCUGGACGAAAACUGGAAGGAGGGGCAAGAAUCACCCCUUGAGCUCAUCUUCUACUUCGGUUUUGUCCGGUGAUCUCAGUUUAUCGCAUAAACAUGGAGUUAAGAACAAGAAACAAGUUUCUGAAUGUUUAGGAGAGAAGAAGAGGAAACAAGUUGUGGUGUUACAACUUGGAAGCUUGAGAAAUUAUCCAUCAAAAGAGGUGAGCAUUGAUGGAAGAGGGACUCUGAUGCUGAAAGAGAAGGCUUUGAUAGAUACUGAGUUAGGGCCCAGAGAUGCAGGCCAUGACAACAACAUAGAGGAGGAAUCAGGUAGCAAGAACACUACUGAUAGAAGCAAAAACGGAAACAAGCUCGAUCAAAAAAUAGUAAGCGAGUCGCCUCUUGUGGCACCCAGGGAGCAUAAGUGCAGCACUUGCCAUAAGGUCUUCCCAACUUUCCAGGCCUUAGGUGGACACAGGUCUAGCCAUAGUUAUAAGAACAACCUCCAAGCCAUGGAUGCCGGAGAAGAAGAGUCUAAAGAAGGUAGCUCCAAGGUGGUGGUAGAUGGGUUCAAGUGCAACAUUUGCAGCAAAAACUUCCGGUCGGGUCAGGCUCUUGGAGGCCACAAGAGGGCUCACUUUCAGGGAUCAACCCAAGCCACACCCACCCAAGACUCGGCCUCUGGAAAAGCCAGCGAAAGUAUGGGAAAUAAAGUGCUAGGUUUUGAUCUCAAUGAGCUUCCUCGAAUGGAUGAAUGAGGAUUAUGGAAAAUUUGAGUCAAUCAACUUACUUCAAUCAAUAUGUUUAAGCCCUUAAGUAGUGGACUGCUGCAGCUGGUUAUUCAUCUACCUCGUCUUAUAAUUCAGCCUAACACUUUUUUCUAUACACUGAUCAUGAAUUAGUUAUAUCAUAUGUACUUGACGAUGGAGACUCUUUUUGAGAUUUUUUUUUUUUUUUUAGCCCUGUACACAAUGGGAUAAUUUCUUGGUGUUCCAUUAGCCUUGAUGUGAAACACCCCCAUAUGU